CGGUAAUCCUUGUAUGAACAGUGCAACUUGUGUGGCCAAGUACGAAGAUGAUGAUUAUCAGUGCGCAUGCGCUCCAGGAUAUUUUGGAAAACACUGCGAAAUGGGUGUUGGAGUUACCUGUGAGGAGAUUAAGAACCGGGGGAAAUCCGAGGGAGAUGGCAUGUACUGGUUGGACCCGGAUGGCGGAAGCCAUUCAAAUGCAUUUCUGGCCUACUGUGACAUGACUUCGUACAAUGGAGGAUGGACCAUGUGUUACACUACCGAUGAAUAUGUCAAACCCAAGACUGAAGUCACAUACAGCGCUCAACUUCCUUAUGGAAGUGACGGCUACAGGACCAACUGUAACAACAUCCCUUUUACAGAAAUUAUUUUUGUUGAUCACCAAACUGGAAACAAGACCUACUUCAAGCGAUUAGUCAACCAGUCCAUAAUGGCCGCUGAUAACUAUGGGAAAAAUGCUGGCACCUAUGGAAAGUGGAACAGCGUGGGAGCAAAUAACGCGUACCAUUACCAGCUGUUGAUCUGCCAUACCUCGUUCUACGCUGGAUUCUUCGUUUCGGGUCACACGCGGAAUUGUUACAAGGACUGCAAUUCCUGGUGCGGUGAUAGAGACUCGCCUUACUUCCGUACGGCGUCACCUGAUGCAGGUUACUUGGGCGUGGCUUUCAACACGAAUGGUCAUCGCCCCCUUAGCAACAGACUCAUUAGCGUUGGUCUGCGAUAAGUCCCAUUCACACUCCAGACAAGGCUGAUGAACUUUGUUUGGCGCUACCAAAAAUCAAGACAAAUCUUGUAACCACCAAAUUUUCAUUUUGGUAAGCACUUCAGCCAUAAUUAGCGCUUCAGCGAAAAAAAAAAUGUGAAAAAAGAUUGAUUCUAAACAAAGUUAUAUACGAA